GACGUUUCCACCGGCUUCCAGCAGACGCAGACAACUCAGGGACUUCGUCGGCGAGGCGUCGUUGCGUCCAUUUGUGAAAAAUUCUCUUCUUUUCUCAAUGAAGGAAAGACGCCCUUGUCAGAAACUCUCCGUGAAAUCCGCCAUGGAUCCUAGUCCGAGUGUUAAGUGUAAAAUUGUGGUGGUGGGAGAUAGCCAGUGCGGGAAGACGGCGCUUCUUCACGUGUUUGCCAAGGACUGUUUUCCUGAGAGUUAUGUGCCCACUGUGUUUGAAAACUACACGGCCAGUUUUGAAAUCGACACACAAAGGAUUGAACUCAGCCUAUGGGACACUUCAGGGUCUCCAUACUAUGACAAUGUGAGGCCUCUUUCGUAUCCAGAUUCUGACGCCGUACUCAUCUGCUUUGACAUCAGUCGACCCGAAACGCUGGACAGCGUACUGAAAAAGUGGAAAGGGGAGAUCCUGGAGUUUUGCCCCAACACCAAGAUCCUCUUAGUUGGCUGUAAAUCAGACCUGCGUACUGACCUGAACACGCUAGUCGAACUCUCCAACCAUCGGCAGACACCCGUGUCCUAUGAUCAGGGUUCCAGCAUGGCCAAGCAGAUCUCGGCGCCGUACAUCGAGUGCUCGUCUCAGCAAUCCGAGAACAGCGUGCGGGACAUUUUCCACGUGGCCACGCUGGCCUGCGUCAACAAAAACGGUAAAAAUGUCAAGCGCAGCAAAACCGCCCGAGCCAGCAAGAGGAUUUCGCAUAUGCCCGGCAGGCCCGACCUGGCGGCCGUAGCAUCGGACAUCCGAAAGGACAAAGCCAGAAGUUGCUGUGUCAUGUGACUGAUGGGGAAUUGGGGACUGAGAAAGCUCCAAUUCAUAUACUAUUUCCUGGAAUACCCUGCUCCAAAGACUAGCGCCACCUGCUCAGGAAGUGAGUUACUUCCUGCUUCCUGCGGAAGAACAAAGCAGACGCAGGCCACGCCCACAGGAACUAAGCUGGAGGAAUGAUGUCAUUUGUAAAAACAUUGGACAUUGGUGGGGUUACGACCAAAACGCAGUCCCUGUGCUUUAAUUGUCUGUCGAGCCCUGGCGAGCAUUUGUCCUAUCGACAAUAUGUGCUGUAAUGUAAGUCAGUUGUGUGUAAUUGUCACGUCCCAUGAGUUGUUACAAAAACUGCAUGUCUGUGCUAAGGCUUAAAGGAAUAUUUGGUAAAAUGAAGACACAAUUAGCGAUCCCUUUUUUUUAUGGUUCAUUUCAAAAUUGGAGGACAUUUUGGCUUUAAAAUUCAUGAAAAAGAAGAUUUUUAGGAAUUUCUGCUAAGUGCGCGUCAGUAAUAGUUCAUAAACUAUCAAAGGCUUGAUUAGUUCAUCUUACAGAACAUUUUUAGGACAGGAUUUAUUUGAUAUUUACAAUACUUGGUAGUAGCAUCAUCUUAGUAACAGGGUUGUUGGUAACAGGGUUGUAAAUCUGUACAAAUGUUUGCUUUUUCUCAGGAUUAGAAGCAAGCUUUUUGCUAGCCGUUAUGGUGGGCAAAGUGGAGAAACACGCGUAUGUAAAAAUAGUUUUCAAAUCUGGACUCAUGUUAGCCUUUUCUCAGGUAUAGAAGGCAGCUGUUUAGCUAGCAAUUCAUUUAUGAAUAGGUAGAGAAAAAAAUACAAAAUAAUAAUAAGGUAAUUUUCUAACGUUGAUCAUAAUAGUACUGUAGUUCAUCAAUCAAUCAAUGCUAACCAGAGGUGUGUAGAGUAGCCAAAAACUUUACACAAGUAAGAUUAGUGUUACUUCUAAAUAAUAUUAGUCAAGUAAAAGUAGUCAUCCAAAAAAAAAUAAAAAUAGUAACACUGUGAGUAACUGCUUACAAUGUCUGUUUUGUUAAAUAAUUUAGUUAUUUUUUUUUUUUUCUUAGCACAAGUUUAUCUAUAUGAACGGUUAUUUUUGCCUGGCAAGGCCAGACUGUUCUCACUGUAUUUUUCAAACACUGAGAGAAAAGUCUGGGACCCAGCCCAUUAAUGGCCUCGCGAGCAGGUACAAAAUCAAUCGACAAAUCAGAUUCAUUUAUUUGCGUGGUGUUUUUCAUGAGCAACGUCACUCUUGGGCGUCUGAAGUCGUCUCCACAACAACACAGAUGGUGAACAGGAGAGCCGAGAAUAUGUUCCAAUCCACGGUAAAAUCAGUUUUAAAUUACCAAAAACACAUCGACACGAGUCAUUGACAACAAUCUGUCUCGCGCUAGCCAUGUUGAAUAAACUCCGCUCUCCUAGUAUGUUUCCUUUUGCGCGCAAGUCCCUCGUCCUGUCCUCAUCGUUUUACUAACGUCACGUCUGCCCGUCGCUGAUUGGUCCACUCCGCUGUGGCUUGCUCCGCCCUGGAAAUUGUAUCUGCCGAAUGGUGGCCAGACUCAAUAGCUGGAACAGCGGUGAGUCUGGUGUACCAGGCAAUAUUUUUAUACGAGUGGUCCCUAACCUUUUAGGCACUGUGAACCGGUGUGAUAUGGGCCUUUUUUUUUCAUGGACCGGCAAUGUGAGGCAGAAAAUGACAGUAAAUAUAAAAUAACACAACGAGGCUAAAGCGGACGUUCAGGAUUUUUGACAUUAGGCUUAAUCUUCGAGUUAGCUGGGGUUUAGUGAGUUGGUGGAGUUGAUUUCAACAAUUUCUGUUUCGUUUGUAAGCUAUUUGUUGGUUUCAGUGCUCUGGAGUGGCUAAGCUAGCGCCAGUCAAUGGCACCAUUAUAGCAUGCCAAUAAAAAAAAGGUUACAGUUUAGGGCUGCAGCUAUCGAUUAUUUUAGUAGUCGAUUAAUCGAUGAACUAGUUAGUUCGAAUAAUUGAGUAAUCUGAUUAGGAACAUGAAAAAUUUAAAUACCUGGGAUGAGCCUCAAACGUUAUAAUAAAAUAAAUGAGGAUCUACGUACAGCUAAAGAACAAUUGGCUAACUUAACGAGCAAAAUUUCGCUAGCUUAAAUGCUAUAAAAUGUUUUUUGUUUUUUUUUUUAACAAUGCUCUCAAGUGGUUCAGACUCAUAUUCCCACAAAAAAUGACUAAAUAUUCCUAUAAACUAAAAUACGAAUGCAUUAAAAAAACAUUAGCCCAAACAAAAACUUAGCUUACGUUGGUCUUAACAGGGAGCAGUUGGAUUCAGCCAUGUGAAAUGAGGCAGACCAGAGGUCAGUGUAUCUACCCAAAUCAAUAAAACUAAAUGUAAACACUUUCAAAAUAAACCAUUACAACGCCACUUUAUUUAAACAAAUACUCAAAGCAACAAAAUUUAAUUCGAAUAUUUUUUUCUAAUCGAAUAAUCGUUGUAGCACUAAUAAAGAUCUACAAACCGAUCCAACAUAGUCAAAUAAUAGCUUAGCCACUCCGGCGCCCUGAAACUAAGAAAUAACUUGCAAACGAAACGGAAUUUGUUGAAAUCAACUCCACCAACUAACUAAACCCCUGCUAACUCGAAGAUUGAGCCUAAUGUCAAAAAUCCGGAACUUCUGCUUAAGAGCAAACAUUAAGUGCAAGAAAAAUGUAACUCACUGUACACUGAAUCAACAUUUUUUAACAGCUGCCUCUCAUAGAACUUGACGGCAAAUAUCUUGAUCGCAGGCAUAUUGAGUUCGUCUUUCUUGACUUUAGAAAUAUGGUUCGCCACGAGAUCUGAUGCCCUCAGAGCAUUCGCUUUUGUUGCCUCGUUUGCUAACUUUUAGCCACAAAUUAUGCAGAAUGGACUUGGCUGUAGGCUCCUCUUCUGGCUCAGCAGUUCCACUAGUAAUAAUUCAUAUUUGAAGUCUUAUGUUAAAACAAAUGUUCCGGCAGUUACAAGAGACACCAAUGAAACAAAUCAUACCAAAGAAAUUUUUCAAUUUCAGUUUUAUUUGAGAUUGUUUUUGAUCAUGACAACAAAAUAAUGGCAUUUUAAUUGAUACUCCAGACUUCUUUCUAAUUUUAAAAUUAUAUCCAAGCAUUUUUUUU